GGCACGUGUCGGGAGGGCGGUUAUGGAGAGCUUUGUCUACCCGCCCUACAGCCUGUACCAGGGUUACCGCGGGCCCAUGGCGCCGGGCUGCGGCGGCGGCCCCAAGCCGAGACAGCCGAGCUGGAAGCAGAGCAAGGGCAGCGGCGCCUACCUGGGCGCGCCGCCCGCCGAGCCCUUGCCCCUGGGCGGCGCCGACUGCGCGGACAGCUACCGGCGCGCCCAGCUGAAGGCGCUGCUGUCGCAGUUCCUGGAGCAGAAAUACGGCUACUUCCACUGCAAGGACUGCAAAACCCGCUGGGAGAGCGCCUACGUCUGGUGCAUUUCUGGGAGUAAUAAGGUUUACUUCAAGCAGCUCUGUCGGAAAUGCCAGCAGGGCUUCAAUCCUUACAAAGUGGAAGCCAUCCAGUGCCAGACCUGUUCAAAGACUCAUUGCUCCUGCCCACAGAAGAAAAGACACAUUGACCUCAAGAGACCCCACCGCCAAGAACUGUGUGGCCGCUGCAAAGGCAAGAGAUUAUCCUGUGACAAUACUUACAGCUUUAAAUACAUUGUCUGAUCCCAUGGCCUGACUCUCUUACCUUGAGUCUUCUUGUAUUUUGCACUCUGCACUUUUGUCAGUUUUUGUACUAUGGAUUUGACUUUAGGCUUUUGACCUGGCAUUGGAUAUUGGAUUAAAGACUUUCUUUUUGUUUUAGUAUGAUUUAUAACACUAAUUUAUAAUUCUACAGUAUUAAUUAGAAGUCAAUCUCAAUAAAACUUUGCACUUGGUA